GAAACUUUUACGUCUAGGGAACUGGUGGAUGCUCUCAAACAGCUUGAUUCCAGACUAACUCAGGUCAUUAAUAGCUUAACGGAUACGGAAUCCUACGGAAUUUCCACGAGUCUUGCAGACUACAUCUUCGUACCAAUAGCAUACUUGCUAAAGCGUCCCGUGAUUGAGGAGAUGGAAUUGGAGUAUACAUUGUCCAUCAUAAAUACUCUUAUCAAAAGAUGUUGGGCAUUUCCAGGAAGCCUUCCAAUGGAGUUGGCACAGCAGCUUCUGCCAUUGAUUACUUAUCUCAUUGGUGGAAAGCCAAACUUAAAUGUGAAUGAACUUCCUGAGCAUGUUGAUGAGACGAUCUCGAAUGGAGUCGACUGUCUCCAAAAUCUGCUAGGUGGUAUCAAGAACCAAGGUUCCAAAUAUUCGGAUGAAUUCUUAAACGAUUCCAAAAGCAUGCUUUCUGUUGGACAUAUGGUCACCGUUUUGCUGAUGUUUGUGCAAAAAGGACAGUCGGUAAAUAUUCAAGUUCAAAGCUUGGAGGUUCUAAAUGAUCUGUUCAAGAUGUUCCAUGAUGGUGAAACUUUAUCCUUUAUGCUACCAGGAGUUGUUUCAGCUAUCACUAAAGUUUUGAAGCGGAAAACGCGUCAGAAGGUGACUGCAAAAUCUUUGGACCUGCUGACCACCGCUCUAUGCUUUGUUUUUGACGACUUCGAUCUGGGAACUGAGACGACUGAUAAAGGAGAAACCCUCGAAGAUGUCAAAGCACACGACAUGGGUGUUGAACAUCGUGUUCUUCCUACAAUUACUACCUCUGAUGAUAAAAAGCUGCACAGAACUACUAGCUGGUUGAAGGCUACCGUAUAUCAACUUCAAAAGGCAUUCAGGAUUAUUUUGAAAUUAGAUGAUCGAAUGGAUGUAAAGGAACCAUAUUUCACACUCUGUUCUUCCAUGCUGAGCCGGUGUUUUAUAUCUUGUUCAAUACUGAUGCCGCAAAUCCUUGAUUGCUUAGCGCAAGUAUGCAAUGACGAAGAAUAUUACACAAAAUUUACAGAAGUCCUAGCUUUCAAUUCUCAUGUUCCAGAAAUCCUCAAAAUGAUUGAACAUGAGCUGGAUCAGGGGAUUGGGAUAAUAACGAUGGCUCUGAGAUCACCCGAUUCUUCUAAGGCAAUUGGACUCUUUAACAAGUUUUCUUUUUACUUCUCGGUCCUAUUAGAAUUUGGAGGGAAUUAUUCCGUGCUGGGUGAAAAAUUGAUCUAUACCCUCCGAAACGAGCUGACGCUACUCAAUCGAAAAAAGAAACAACCAAAGCCGAUUCAAGUGUCUUAUGGUGAUGAACAUGCUUUCAUAUUUGGGGCAUAGAGGCGCAAGCUUCCUACAAUAUAUAUUAUUUGACUUGCCACCGCCUGAUUCGGUUGAUUCGGCGCUGGCAGAGUCCAUGAGCUUAUGGCUUGUCAUGAGAUCAGUACAAAAGACAGCUGUGCAUCACGAUGACUAUCUUGCUAGUGAGUACAAAGAUGACAGCUCUACUGAAGUCACUUACAGCCUAUUGGAGAAAGCUGGGGAGCUUUUGAGUUUUGCUGCUAUACAUGAAGAGCCUGCUCUUACCAAGGCAACAAUUAUUGGGCUGCAAUGUAUCGAGAAGGCGUGCGACAUACUUGGAAAUGAUUUUCAUUCAGAACUUAUCGAUUACCUUUACCCUGUGGUGGACAGCCUUGCAUCCCCCAAUGACCUGAUUCGUUUGCAAGCACAGAAAGUGAUAUUAAAGGUUGCGGACCAGCUAUACGAGGGCUCAGUGGAAAGACUCAUUUCAGAAAAUUGCGACUAUCUAACCGACAAACUUUCAAUCAAUAUGACUGGCGAAACCAUCACGCCUCGAACCCCCAUGAUCAUAGGGGUCCUAGUAAAAAUUGGAGGGAUAGAGCUUGUCUCGCAGUUGGACGAUAUAAUAGCCACUAUAUUCACACUUCUUGAUGUCUAUCAUCAAUAUGCCACCCUCUGUGAAGGUUUCUUUUUUGUGUUUGAUCAAAUUAUUGAUCAGAUUUAUAACAAUGUUCUUUCGAGUGUGAGCUGGAAAGAUAUUGAACAGAUCAAUGAAGAUGUGAACGUGAUUUAUCCUGCUCCAUGGGGCUUGAGGAAUCUCGAGCAGGUUUUUGACUUCGUUGAAAAGCAGGUUGAGCUUCUGGACUAUGAUCACGAGACUGCCGGUGAAGUAAUUGAGGAGCCAAUAAAGAAGGAGAAAAUCCUUGAUGUUGAUAGCGAUGAUGAAUCAGACGCCGAGACGACUUCUGUUGUUUCGUCUCCGGAAGACGACACAAAAUGGACGUCGCCAAUUUCACCAAAACAGUAUAAAGUUCUAGCAGAAAUAUUCCAGUACAGCGAGCGGUUGUGCAAGCACCGUUCUGUCAAGGUUUCAGCCAUUGCAUUGGGUUUGAUUAAUAAACUGAUACCCAUCUUGGCAACCGAGAAAACGAAGUUUCUUCCUAUUGUUGCUUCCAUUUGGCCUACAGCAGCCAGCUUUGUUACUAAUGAUGACCCUAAGCUGGCAUUUUCAGCAUUAGGUGUAGUUCACACGUUGAUAAGUUAUGCCAAUGUGUUCUUAACAAAUAGGUUCUGUGACUUGGCAAAGCUCCUGAUUAAGAAAUACCAUGAACUGCUAAAAAAGCAUGAAACAGCUUAUAAAAGGCGGAGAGAGAAUCGAACGAAAUGCAUAGUGAACAAAACCAGCACUACCACCAACUUUGAAAGCAGGAUCUUUGAACAGCUAGCCAUUCUCUGCAAGACAGCUCUGCUCAAACUAGGCAGGACUCUACCAUUGGAAACUGCUCUGGAUAUUGCCAGUGUGGCAUAUAUCUAUGAUGAUGAUGAAACCCAUUACGCAUAUUACGAUGAAGUUAUCUAUUAUUUCAAAAAGAAGGCUUAAUAAA